AUGUCCUCCAUGUCUUAUAAUUCAGUGUACACACCCGCCGCCGCAAUGUUCAGACAGUCCUUCAAUCCUCCUUCACUUCACACCAAUGGUACAACGAGUGCUACGAGUGGCAACUACUCUUAUCUUCCUCAACUAUCGGUGAACGAUCACCAACCAAUGACUUCCCACUCUCUUCAACAAUCGCAAUCGAACUCUCAACAAUGGCCUCCGUCAGCGGAUAAACGAAAUUUCAUCUAUCAGCCCGGAUCUGGUAAUAAUAAUCCUGUCAGCUUCUCAUUCACCUCUAACUAUCAGUCGACGAAUGGUCAGGUGGUCAUUCCAGUUUAA